AAUUGAAACUCGAUGUUUCGGAGAGCAACCAAAAAGCUUCGGUUUUUCCGUCUUUUGGGAGGAAGAAGAAGCAUUUCUGCUUUCUAGUUUCUCCGUUUUGCUUUCUGCUUUCUGGUUUACAGAGAGAGUUCGUGUAUCUCUGAUUAAGCUUUUAUUCACUUUUCCAAAAUUCAAGCUUCAAUUUUUAUACGAUUUUUCUUGAAAUUUUAGUUUUUGAAAGAUUAUGAAUGAAUGGAUGAGUUUGGUUCAUAAUUAAGCUGGAGAGUGGAAGAGAGAGAAGGGGAGAGAGACAAUUGUUGGAUCUAAUUUGGUGGAUAGAAAUUAUUAUAUGGGUUUGGGUGAAGAAGGAAUUGGUUUAUUAUACGUAGAAACGAGCAUUAAUUGUUUUCCUUUAAAUUUCAAUGAAUGCGAUCUACACUUGACAUUAUUUCACGGGUGCAUCACACUGGAGAGCCUUUUACGUUCGUGACUUGUGACUGAGACUUUCGUCUUCAUUUCCCAUUUUUCAUUUGCAUUUCUUUUCAAUUGUUUUUUUUUUAUCUCUCUCUCUCUCUCUCUCUCUCUCUCUCUCUCUCUCUCUCUCAGACAGACACAGACUGAGGGAGGUCGAAGAACCUGAUUCUCUGGACACGAGGGACCGAAUUACUUUUUAUUGCUUUCAUUAUUUCAUCUUUAUUUUGCCUUUGAUCGCUUUUGCUUUUGUCUUCUUCUUCUUCGUCUUCUCUCUCUGUGAGUUUCUGAAUCUCCUCUGUUUUGCUUAUUCGUUCGAUCUGCUACUAUAGCCCGGGUAGGUAGAGAGCUCGCUCUAAACUGUCACACUCGUCUCAAGAAAAACGGAGAGAUAUUUGGCAACGCAAGCGACUAAAUUGAUUUUCUCCUUUCUUUGGGAAAAAAAAACCCAAACCAACUUUUUCGGUUUUCUUUCCGGCGACCUUUUCGUUUCGCUAAAUAACUACACCCCAAAAACCAAAACCAAAAAAAACAAGAGAGAAGAAAACUCUCUCUCUCUCUCUACACGUUGUUCUCGUUCACUUUGUUCAGCACCUUUGCCUCAUUCUCUUUCUUUCUCAUUCUGUGUGAUUGAAGAGAGCUUGCUAGUAGCUCAGAUUGCAAAAAGAAGGAUCUGUUUGGGUUCAGCUUUUGGAGGCGUUUCUUUCUUGAGCUCCAUUCUGAGCCGCCUAACAAGCCCUUCUUCAUUUACAAAGUUCCAGAUGUUGGCAACACCAUCGAUCAUUUACAAAUGGACAAGCCUCGAGACGUGAGACGUGGAGCCACUCGCUUUAAACAACCUUCUGGACACAAGCUCUUCUCUUGUUUGGCUGGGGUUGGUGCUGAUGCUGGUGGGGACUUUGUGCAGUCGGCAAAAUCGAAGAAAGAGCGGCUCAGAAAAUUGAGUGCUCUUGGUACAGCGAGUUCGAGCUUCCAAGACUGCGAAAUGGGUUGUGAUGUGUCUGACAGAGAAGAUGAGCUUCCCAGUAAGAGAUUUAAGCUUCCCAAAAAGUUUUUUGAUGACUGCAAUGGCGUUGAUCAUGCCUCUGUUCCGCGGAAGCUGCGAUCAGCAAUGAAGAAGCGCAAUCGUGAAUCUGCAUCUCCAUUUAUACCAAAUUCAAAGAGGCUGAACCAUACAAUGAGUGGCAUCGAAUCCCCAAAAAGGGACGGUGUAAAUAAACCCAAACCAUACUUGAAACAAGGAGGCUCAGAUAGAUCCCUGAGAGAAACUGUUUCUGGGGAUAUCACAAAAGAUGAGGAAGAAGUUGUGGAGACAUUGUAUGCUUUGGCCGGACUGUUCCCUAACAAUGAUGCAAAUGAUAACAGUAAAUUAGACACUGAAUCUUUAGAUGCAAAUCCUUCAGCUUUGCCAGAGUUCAAAGAGACUCCGACCCCUGCAUUUGAAGUUGGAAAUGAUAAAUUGGGUUCAAUUUGCCCCUUGAAAGCUACCGAGGCCUCCAGUCCAUCUAGUGUAGAAAGAUUAGCUAAAGAAACUGAUCAAGUUGAUUCUUUGAACAAAUCCAGUACUCAAAGUGAACCUGAAUUACCAAACAGUAGGAAAUUCUGUACAAACUCAGAUGAUUCAGUCCCUCAUGAUCUAAACAUUUCGUCAGUCUCAGCGAUGGUUGAAGAGUGCAAUGAAAAGCCUACUGCCAAUGUUGUCAAAUUUUCUGUUCCAUCUGAUCUAAGCCUUGAUAGUCGCAGGUUAAAGCAGCCUGUGCAAAAGGAGUCCUCAAUUUUUGGGAGAAAACCAGAAGCUGCACUGGAGCUGGGCAAAACCAUGGGGAGUCAAGUUGAAGUGCAUAAUAUGGUCCAGGAGUCCAAGAAAAAUGGUCCAGUAUUGUGGCCUGGCUUGUCUUCAAAUGUCUCCCAUGGUGCUAGGAAUGAUAGUCCAUCAUCAUCGUCGCAGUCCCCUGCUGCUAAAAUUCCGGCCUGGCUGGAUGCCGCCUUGUCUACUUCCAGAGCCUCAGUUCAAAAUGUUUCUUCUUUUGGAAAGGUUACUAAUGUUCUAAAUGGUAGAAGGACGUGGAAGAAGUGCGCAGCUCAUGUCUACAUAAGUCAUUUGAUUCAGGCUUUACAAAACUCCGAGAGCAAAGAUAAGUUACAGCCUAAUGAAAUGAGACUACAUGAAGGAUCCAAACAAGUGGCUCUUCUUGGAGCUAAUAUUUAUACUAAAGUUAAAAAUGGGAUUGUUUCUGCUAGUAGCAUAGAUAUUUCUAGGGCUGAAAAAAGGCCAAAUGAAGCUAAGAACGGUAUUCUUGAGCAGAAGAAGCUCUAUCAAGACCAGCCACAGUCUGCUAUGGGAUCUCGGGCAUACCCUUCACCAAAGCAGAGUUUUGAUUUCCUGUCAUUGUCAGCUGGAGGUGGUGGUUUGGAAACUAAUGAUAGCUUUAGUAGAGCUAGAAACGGAAUGGAGCCAUCAUCACAAUCCCAAGUUCCUUAUAUCCAUUCUCUCAUGCAGCAUCAAACGCUCAUUCCUUUCUCUUUGCCCCAGUCUCACUUCAGCUCUUCUUCCUGCCCUAACAAUCCUUCAGCGGCCCAGCAGGCCCAGCUGCAGCUACCUCCAUAUCAUGGCAACCCAUUCUGUGGUCCUCAAGCAAGUCCCACAGCUUUGACAAAGCAGCAACCUCAACAGCAACAUUUACAGCUUCAACAGCAGCAGCAGCAGCAAAGGCUUUGGGCAGCUCACUUGGUGGCUCAGUACAGGCCAGUGGGAACUACGGCACCUGCAGUUCACUUUCCAAGCUGGCAAAAUGGAAGGCAGGAGACUAUGCUGAUUCCAUGCGGCCAAGCCGUUAUGUCUCCUUCCCCUUCAACGCUUGACCUAGUUGGUCCUAAGUAUGCACCACUGUCUCAACAACAGCAGCAGCAGCUAAUGGCUGUUACUUCAUCUUUUCCUCCUGGUGGGGUAAAACGACAAGACCACCAUCUACCUUCUGUGUAUGAGGAGUCUGGGGGUGGAUUCCGUGCUGGAAGUGCACUGCCACUGCAGUUACUCUGCAGCGAGCGCCUUUAAUAAGUUCUAUUGGAAAGUAGCUGGUUCAUACAUUAUUUCAUUCUUUCUUCUGCUCAGAAAUGGGACUUGCUGCUUCACUUUGUCGUCGUGACUCAAUAAGAGAUGAACAUGGUUUAAGGUAUAACUGCCAUAACUUGAUCAGUUGGGGCUUUUGAUUUGUAUGAAAAAUGCCCUGGAGUAUUGGGCCACAUUAGGUUUCGUAGUAAUCUUUUCAGACAUAUUUCAAGUACAUCGUUCAUCUUUUACAAAGAAGAUAAUAGAAAUGUUAAUUUUCUACUC